AUGACCUCCAAACUCCUCGUCGCCAUCCUCAUCCUCACCGCAAGCACAGCCAACACCCUCCCCAACCACCCCAACCCACCCCAACAGCUCAUGCAACCCCUAGACAACCUCAAGAACCCUCAUGAAGUGCUAACCACCCCCUGUCCCGACCCACACCACCAACCCCAAAACCACCCCCACUGGCUCGACAUCUCCUACGGCCAAUGCUACCACCUCAUCCACCCGGACUUCGGCCCCCUAGUCGACAGCACCUGGGGCCUCUCCGCGGCCCCCUUCCAAUGGCUAGCCUUCAAGCAAGGCCACAAGCCGCGGCGCCUGCAGGUGUGCCGCACCGAGCACUGCGACGACGAUGACGGCCCCGUGGAGAACCAUGGCACCUUCUACCUGCGCGACCUGCGCGGCUCGCACAAGACACAGUGGCAGCCGCGCUUCCUCAACGUGUUCGAGGGCCUCUCCAGCCAGGUGUGGCCUGAUGCGCACGACGGGCAGGGCAAGCGGGCGCGCUUCACGGCGUCGGCGGUCGCGCACGGCGACUGGCUCCGCCUGCGGGUGGUGGAGAGCGCCACCGGGUACAAUGGGUUGCAUGUCAAUUCGGAUAGUGGGCCCGAGCAUAGUUUUGUGUAUGCGGAUCAGGUGGAGAACAGUUUGAGUUUUUGGUUUGUGGGGUGUGAUGGGCAUGAUGGUGGGGAGGGGGUGGGUUAG